AGACAGAUUUGAUAUUUGGGUCCUUUGGGCUUUGGAGAGGGAGAUGAAAAGGAAAUGGAUAAAGUAACAUUAUGGCUGUCAAGGAUCUCCAAAGUCCAGCAGACAACCUUGUGCCUGUAGAAGCUGUCAGAAGUUAGUGGCACAAGAGAAGGGGGCGAUACAGAGGUUGUUAGCAGGAUUGGAAGGAGCUGUUUAUCUCCAGGGAGGAAAAGAGUAAACUGAAGGCACCUAGAAGUCAUGUCAUUUGGUCGUUUGGAGGCGGGGGAGUGGGAGGCAUUAAGAUCUGAUAAACAUUUUUGUAUGUUUUGCAGCUGUGGCUCAGCCAGUUUAGGGUGAGUGGGAGAGAAGAAGAGGGGGGACCUCGCAGGGGGAGGUAAGGGAGGGCACCCCUUCUCUUGCUAAACCCUCUGGGGAGCUUUGGACCUCACAGUUAGCGCUUCUUAUCUUCACAGGCUAGGACGUCAUGGUUGACUUCUGUUCCGACUUCAUGAACUGUUCCUUUGUCUCCCCCUGGUCACCUGGCGGUAUCGGGCUUGGUGACGAUGGCUAAUCAAAGGAACUAAUGCUUAUUCUAGAGUUUCCAGACUAGUCUGAGGCAAGGAAAGGAUUUAUGUUGGCUUUACCUGUCCAGGUCCCUCUCAUGACUCAUGGAGAGAUGGCUGUGGUUUAGGGAAUAAUCUGUCCUGAAUAUUCUGUGUGAACCGAGGCUGAGCUCAUGGAGCUGUAGAGAAACCCACCUCACCCCUGGGAGCCAAGCUUGGCCCGGGCAGGACCCUCUGCCUCCACAGAGGAGAGCUCCGAAGAGUGUGACACGACCGUGACACGACUGUGACGUUCCCCAUCGCAGGGAUAGGCCCCAGGGCGACCAGGCCUGUGGGUUGUGGAGAUCCGGCUCUGGCGCUGUCUAGGGGACCGGGGGCCCUGGCUGCUUCACGCCUGGCCCUGCCAGUGCUGCUGCCUCCCUAGGCUGGGAGUCAUUUUUCAAGGUGACUCUAAGGAUAUCGUUAAUCUGAGCAGGCUCUUUGGUUAAUCUGGAAGCAUCUAUGGCAACAGCAAGCAAGCAAACUAUGUGAACUUUGAGCUUGAGUUACAGGUUGUUUUCAGCACCAGAAGCCUGCCAUGCCUGUCAUCGUUUUUACGAGCAGCUUCUCAGGUCGCCCUCUGCCGUCUCGGCUUGUCGGCUCAGACUGGAAAUAGAAGGACCUGAGCCUUAUGGGUUUCCAGAGCAGUCCCUUACAUUUUGUCCCCCUGGAGCCUCACAGGAGCUGGUGAGAGAAUUCAAAGGAAGCAGCAGCUCCAUUUUGCAGAUGCUGAACCAGAGGCAGAGACGAGGGAAGUUCCUGCCCAAGUUCAGAGUCUUCCUCUUGGAGGCCCGUUCUGGACAGGAGACGAGUGUUCCUAACGUCACCCUCAGCAGAGCACAGUCACUCAGCUUUUGAUGUUUUGGAUUCACAGAGCGGGGAGAGGCCAGAUUCUCACCCUAAGGGGCUGACAGUAGCUCACGGGGGUCUCCUUUUACCACAGGCUGUCAGCGUGGCAGCCUCAGUCCCAGGAAGGAAGAUGAGAAGGGAGAAGGCAGAUCUUCCAUGACUCCCCCUCACCUGGUGUUUUGGAAGGGAAAGCUGGCUGCUGGGGGAGGAGACGGUUAUGCAAAGAGAAGCACGUGGCUAAGAGAGAGACCCCAGAGCCCGUCUGUGAAAAUGGGAGCCAGAGAACCUUCAGGACCAGCUGGUGGUUGGUGGCAGCUGGUAACGCCAGGCCGUCUCCUGUCUCCUCAGCUCUGGUUUAGAUGCUGUACGCCUUGCGAGGAUGGCUGGGCACAGGCUGGGAAAGUGAGGCGUGUUACUUCCAGCUUCCCCUUUAAUCAUAAUUUUUCCCUGGUUUUGUUUGCUUGUUUGUUUGUUUUUUAAUUGUGGCAAAAUACACAUAAAACAAAAUCCACCAUCUUAACCAUUUUUAAGAGUAGUAUUAAGUACAUUCAUAAUGUUAAGCCGCCAUCACCACCAUCCGUCUCCGUAACCCUUCAUCUGGCAGAACUGAAACUCUAUACCCAUUAAACAGCAGUUCCCCAUUCCUCCCUCCCGCCAGCCCCUGACAGCCACUGCUCUACCUUCUGUCUCUAAAUCGUACGUUUUUGGUUUUUUUUAAAUCAGGGGAAGUGGUCACCAGCAUACCAAAGGAAUACUGAAGUGAAAUUUUUUUUCUUUUUUUUUUUAGUCUUUUGCUUGUGUUUCUCUAGGGAUAAUGAAUACCAAGUCGUAGUUUGUUCUAAGUGUUUUUCUUUUUACUUGAUCUAAAUCCACAAUUCAAGGACUGAUGUUAUUUUUUUUUUUUAAUUCAGUUUUCAAAGCCGAUCCUUUCUUUGAAUGAUUAGAUAUAGUGAGACCCUUUCUCCACGGGAGCUGGGUUUUCCCACUUUGGGCGAUAACCCUGGGGUGGUGGGGAUUCACUUUUCCCUGUACUGUUUCCGAAGCACUAGCCCUUGGCUCAGCCAUGUGUGUGAGCUUUCCAUGACUACCCUCUGUUCAUCUUUUCUCCGCAGAGCCCGCAUUCCCGCCACUCAAUCUUUGUUCUGCACUUGGUCAGGUCUUAGGCUUCAUGAUGGAGUUGGUCCCUUGGCCCAGGUAGCUGCUUUAAGUGGUAAGGUGGGAACCAGCUGUUUCCUUCUCAUAAGUGUGCGUCUCUCCCUGGUUCCAUACUGGCUCCUCCCAUGAGUAUUCACGAGCUUGGCAGACAUUUGCUGCCUGCCUGUCAGGUGCCAGGCCCUGUGCCGACUCUUGAAGGUUCCAAGUUGAGUAAUUCACCGGUACCUGCCUUCAAGGAACUUGGAACCUAAUAGGGUGAGACAGAUAAACAGAUGAAAUAACCUGCUAGGGUGCGAUCAGAGCAGGGUGCUCAGGGCACUUGAGAGUAAGAAAGGGGUCAGUUCUGCUGGCGAUGGGCGUGGUGUGACGUGUCAAAAAAGAAUUCCUCCAGGACGUGACCCUUGAGCUGAGCCUUGAAGCUGACUGUGUUCCUGCAGAGGGAGCAGUCAGGUUUAUUGGAGUGUCGAUCAGUCUGUUGAGGGAGGACAUAGGUUGCCAGCAGGAAGGCCUUGCUGUGUUACUUUUAUUCUGUGUUUUAUCCAUUGGUGUGAAUAGGCAAGGCAGACACAAGGUACAGCACUCAAGGACGCUGAAGGGAGUACACACACUGAAAGGUGAAUCUACCCUGGGCUGACUUCAGAGUUCUUACUUCUGGCUUUUAAUUUUUUUUUUUUAAAUAACUUGCACGGAUAAAAGAUGUGCCAUGGCAGGAUAGCACCAAAGAGCACCUCAGCGUUUGCCUCGGCCUCUGUAGGACAUGGAGUCUUCCUUCGGCUGGUGAUUCUCAGCACCCUCCUUGGAGACGGACUUGCCUCAGUGUGUUCCCUGCCCCCGGAGCCAGAGAAUGGUGGCUACGUCUGUCACCCCCGUCCCUGCAGAGACCCCUUGAACGCGGGCAGCGUCAUCGAGUACCUGUGUGCCGAAGGCUACAUGUUGAAGGGCGAUUACAAAUACCUGACGUGUAAGAAUGGCGAGUGGAAACCAGCCAUGGAGAUCAGCUGCCGGCUCAACGAGGACAAAGAUGCCCAUACGUCACUCGGGGUCCCCACGCUGUCCAUCGUGGCUUCCACUGCCAGCUCUGUGGCACUCAUCCUCCUCCUCGUGGUGCUGUUCGUGCUGCUGCAGCCGAAGCUGAAGUCUUUCCAUCACAGCAGGCGUGACCAGGGGGUAUCUGGGGACCAGGUGUCCAUCAUGGUGGACGGAGUCCAGGUCGCGCUGCCAUCGUACGAGGAGGCUGUGUACGGCAGUUCCGGUCACUCUGUGCCGCCCGCCGACCCCAGAGUGCAGAUUGUGCUGUCCGAAGGGUCUGGGCCCGGCGGGAGGAGCGGGCCACGGGAGCAGCAGCUGCAGGACCAGGGGGCCUGCUCCUCUGCAGGUGGAGAGGAGGAGGCCCCGGGCCAGUCUGGACUCUGUGAAGCCUGGGGCUCCCGGGGCUCGGAGACUGUGAUGGUGCACCAGGCCACCACCUCUUCCUGGGUGGCCGGCUCAGGGAACAGCCGAGUGGCACACAAAGAAGCCCCGGAUUCAGAGAACAGUGACAUGCAAAGCCUUUUAUCUCUCACAUCGGAGGACUACACAGACGAUAUCCCACUGUUGAAAGAAGCAUGAGGGCUGCCACUGGCUUCUCUCCUCUCUGCCCUUCCUCCCUCUCCCUGUGGGUUUGAGCACCGUGUACUCCAGCCACCCUGCCCGGAUACCUGAGCUGCCACCUGUGUAUCUGUAUUUCUGAGGGCCUCUGGGCCCACCUUGCUGGAAACUCAAGGAAGAGUCUCGCCAUCUGCCCACUGGACAGCUGGAGGAGCUGGUUUUUGCCUGGCCCGGCCUUCCCAUCUGCGUCGGGGACAUAUUUGAAUGUGUUGACUGAACCCUUCCUUCCCUCGAGCCCUCUGGGUCCCCUCCAGCCAGCUCUUCGGUGGCAGCCCCACCAGCCCACGUGGGCCUCGGAGCUGCUGUGUUUACUUGUGCCUUCCUCCCUCCCCAUCCAGUUUCCCUGUCUCGCAGGCUUGUUGACGUUCUGCAAGCCUUCAGGGCCGCACUGCUGCCCCUGCCUCACGGGAUCGGGCCUGGGUCUGGCUGUUUCCUUUGAGGGCUGGCACCGCUGCCCUCCGCAGGAGCAGAUCCAAGAGGGGCUCGAAUUGGGGCAAGAGUGUGGGGCCCGGGCCUGCCCUUGGUUGACACCAGUGACGCAUUGCCUUGGCUGAGGAUGGAGGCUGUGGAAAAUCACGCCACAGCCAUCCCAGCGCCCAGCUGUCUAGCUCAGAGGGGGCGGCUCUGGCCCUGUUGAGUCAAGUUGCCAAGAAGCAUCCAGAAGAUCCCAAGGGAGGAAAGGAAGGUGGCUGAUAAUGAUUGUCUUCCUAAUAUGCAAGUUCUCACUUCCUACUUCCAGCAUCCGGCCUUCCUGACCUUGCUUUUUUUCUCUUUCCCCGGGGCAAAAGGGGAAGUUGCCUGCUGCCUCCCGGGUUCGAUCCUGGCAGCUCCAGCUUCCUUGCUGGCCAGAGGCCUGAGGCGAAUCAUCCAUGGGACGGGAAAGUUGCUGAGAUGCCAUGGAAUGCCCUUCUCGUCACUGGCCGUUGGGGCCAGUUGCCCGGUUCUGGGUUCGUGGUGAUGGCAUGGAGCCUGAAGGGCACCGGCCGAGUCUCCAGGCAGCUGCAGGCAGCUCCAGCCCUGGUCCUGAGGGUCCCCCUCACCACAGUCACGUGCCUUAGUAACCGUGCCCAGGAAGCAUCCUGCUGCUUGCUGCGCUGCUGCUUUUCCUACUUCCACCCUCCCCUGUCCCCCUCCACCCAUCACGGCUGAUGGACCACUCCUUGACCUUCCUGGCACCCAGCAGAAGGCCUGAGAGACAGUCAGCACACAUACACCCCAGCUUGCUGCUGGGGGUAGUUUGGGAGCAUCCUGGCUCCGGGGCCCUGGUGACCUCGGGGGAGUGGGCCCGGCAGGCCAGAUGCUUCUUUCUGCUGGGGCGGCAGAGCUCAGCCGGGCGGCUGCCUCUUCAGACGGUGCGGCAUUAAGGAGCGCUUGUCUCUGUUUUUGAAGCACUGCAUCUCUGCUCCUCCCCUGAGCCUCUCUGUUUGGGGGUGAAAAUAAGAAAGAGCCCAGUUUUUUCAGUUCCUGACCUAACAGGGUAGUUCCAGGCAUGGGUGGCCUCAAAGAAGAGGGGGAUGAACGGCCUCCUCUGAGCCUCCUGCCUCCGCUCCACACACUCACGCACUUUACUCCCCGCUUUUCCCGGGCCUCUCGCCGCCUCUGUUGUCUUCCUUCCUCUCAGGUAAGGGCAGUGCCUGCUAUGCCCACAGCCCUGGCCCACGUGCUUGGAUACGGAGCAGGUGGGCGACGGUGCCAGAAAGAGAGCGCAGGAGCCUGAGGGAGGCAGAGGAGUGGGGGGCCGGCCAGGGUCCGCCAUCCGGAGGGGGCCCCCCCCUGCCCUGGCCACUUCACCCGCAGAGGCUCUGCUCCAGCACAGGGUGCCCUGUCUUCCUCCUAAAGAGAGUGGGGGAGGGGGGCAUCCAGAGCAUCACAGAGCCUGCAGCUUUCAUUUCCCAAGCUUCUGACACCUGAAUUCCAGUCUGGAAUAUUUUUUUAAAUGGAAGAUCUUACCCUUUUAAAUAUAAUUACUCUGGGCUUUUCCCUCUGUAAGAGAUUGCACUUUUUGUUUGCAGUUUAUUCAGCCACAGAGGUGACCAGCUUGGCCCUUGAAAAAAUGAAAAGCCUGCUUCUGAAGCUUCUUCCACCGCGCCCACCCCCCGGGGAUCACAAGUCCAGACUUGCCUGUCUGGUAGGAAAGAGGGAUAAGGCAGGAGCCCCCACAUCACUGGCUCUGAUGAGGCAGCCUCCCCAAGGCCCCUGGCCUGUGGGUGCAGAGCGAGGCUUUGUGUUGCUGCUGGCACCCGUAGGGGUGCUCCCGCAGUUCUCUUCUCCCCAAGCAGUUUCUCAGCCAUCAGCCUUGUGCUGCUGUCUCUAGAGCUUCUGACUUUGUCCCUUGCAAAGGAUUAGGCCCUCCCCAGCUGCCUUGGAGAGACAAGGUGGUGUUGGGGACAGCCAGAGGUGCCUGGAGCUGGUGGAAAGAGCCUCCCCAACCUGGCUUCCCAGCUCACCUAGAGGGCAGUCCCCAGAAGGCUUGUCCAGGAGAAUGGUCAGCACCAAAGGAUUUUUAACAAGGAUUUUUUUUUUUUUUUUUUUUUUUUUUUUUUGCGCACAUGAGCUGACUCACUGCAGAUUUUAUAUCCUGGCAACUUGCAGUCACAUUCCAGUGACACCCAGGGGCCAGUAUAUGGUGAAAAUCACUUAGUGUCUCCACCCCUUUCAAUGCCUUAGUGGAGCAGGUAGGCUCUAUCUGUUGCCAUUUCGCAGUUUUGUGUGCUGUGUUCCCAUUUCACUGGGUGUGAAGCAUGAAAUGGGACGAGUCCUGGCCGCUUUGACGACUUGCGGUUUUAUAAGGCAUUUUUCAGUGUACAUCCUGCUAACACUCCAUUUGCAAACAGAGCUAAAGCGGUCACCCCCAUUCACCCUGCCCUCCCCCUCCCCCAGCUUUAAAGCUCUGUGGUGAAGCUGAAUGACAAGACAGACAAAGGUAUAUUUUUCCUGCUAAGUCAGUGGUGGCACAGGAAUCUUAGCACGGGGCCUGGCCCCUCCCCGCCCCAGUGGAGCUCAAACCACUUGCUUCCCACAUAACAAUGUCACUUCCAUUCCCAGGGAAUAUCCUUACAUAGAGAAUGGAAUAUGCUGCAAACAUUUCUAGAUCCCUCCCUGUUUUUUGUUUGUUUGUGUGUUUGUUUUUUCCCCCUCUUGAGCAUGAAGGGACCCAGGCUUGACAGCUUAAUUCCAGAUGUGCUUGCUGAGGACAGAGCCUGGGAGCGUCUUGUGGAGCCUGCUAGGGCCCUGGCUCUCAGCACAGGGCGUGUUAGUCAUUGGUGUCCAGUGAGGGCUCGGAGAGGAUUUGGUUGGGCAGAUGUGUGGACUGAGCAGCUCCCUGGAGAGGGGAGGGCAGGCUCAGCUUUCCCGGGAAGCAGCUCCUGUUGAUGUCCAGUGGAAACCUAGUGGGAUUUUGAACGGGAACCCCAAGGUUGAGCCCCCUGCUAGGCAGCUGACGGGGAUGCGGGGGCCAAGCACUCGGAUUGCCAAGCCGGGAGGAGAGAGGGGCGAGGGUUGUCGCAGCCCACCACGCCCUGCCCGAGUUUCUCAUUCGCACCACUAUCGAGUCCUUUGCAGUGGUUUCACAUGACACAUGCAUCAUUGACUGUGCAGGAUGUCACUUAAAUCAGUUUGGGUUUGCUUUAUUUUAUUUUACAUAUAUAUUUUUUUGGUAUCCUGUACAUUGCAGUGGGUGUGAAGAUAGUAUUUUAAUAUUUGUACAAAGUUUAAUUUAAUUUUAAUUGUUCUAUGUAUAUAACUGCAUUUCUAAAUAAUAAUAAUAAUAAUAAAAAAAAAGUUCUUACAAAGACA